UCUAUUAUCUGCUCUUCUUGGGUAUGUCUAUAGCAGGAACCCUAUUCCAUGGUUACUUCUUUGCUUUCCAUUUACUAAAUAUAGUCAACAAUAAUCAGUUACUGAGUGGUGUGAUAAAAGCUGUAACUGUUAACGGUAUGUCAUUAUUGUGGGUGGCUGUCCUGGGAUUUAUCGUCAUAUAUAUAUAUUCUUUGAUUGGUUUUGCUCUGCUAAGAAGCUACUUUUCGGCGAGUGACUAUCUGUAUUGUUCAACGUUGUGGGAAUGUACAGUCACGGUAAUCAGAUAUGGUCUUAUUGGAGACAUGUUUGAGGAGAUAAAACAGAAUCCUGUCGGCAGCUCAUUUGGUAGUUUUUGGCCAUUGGUCAUUUAUCACGUGACCUUCUUCAUCUUCAUUACCACCAUUGGUCUAAACAUCAUCUUUGGUAUCAUUGUCGAUACUUUCUCUGAAAUGAGGGAUUUAAAGUGGAGAGCUGAAUCCGAUAUGAAAGACACGUGUUUUAUCUGCAGUAGAAACAGUUAUGAUUUUGAACACCACGGAAGGGGUUUUGAUUAUCAUGUAAAAAAUGAACAUAAUAUGUGGAGUUAUGUUUAUUUUAUUAUACAUCUAGAUGAUAUAAAGGAAAGCGACUAUACAGCUUUAGAAUUAUACGUCAGCAAACAUGUUGAAAGUGAAAAUUAUGACUUCUUUCCUCUUAAUCAAGCUCUGUGUUUGACGUCAGUAGAUAUAGAUUCUACUGAAACUAAAAUAGAUGACCUCUUACAUCAAGUGACAGCUAUAGCUAAGAAACAGAAAGAAGACGAGGCCGAGAAGAAACGUAAAGUUGAAAAACUCAAACAAAAAAGAUGGCAGGAGAAACAUCGUCGCCAUGUUUUCGGUUUUAAUCAGGAUUAUGAGGAUGGUGAGCCUCUUAUAUCUCAUUCCCGUGCUGUUAGCGAAGACAGAUUAUCACGCGAGCCAAGUGGACCCAGGGAGAUACGACCCCAACUCGUCAGACAUCAAGACAGUGUGCCAAACCUGUUAUCUCCUCCAACAGAGGAAGCAUUUCAACUCCGACGUCAAAUUCAGAAAUCAACGCGUCAGCAAGAAGGACAAGUAGAUGAAGUUCUCUCGGAUAGUGACACUGACAGUUUUCAACGAGAGGGCUCUUAUGAUUUGUUAGAUGAUGACAACGAGUCAUUACCUCCUCCCCCGCCUCCUUUGCCACAACCCCCUCCCCCACUCCAAUUACCAGCUAGUCCAGCUGUACCAAGGACAUCAGGGGGUGCCGAGGACGGUAGUGCUGCACCAGACAGUUCUGAUAUUCGUUCAACAGAUUUGUGAUCAUGACGAUUUCAGUGACGAUUUCAUAAACUAUCUACACCUCAGGGGAAAUCCCCGUUUUGGCAAAGGCUAAAGGUGAAACCAGGACAGAUAAAUUGUGAGAUACAAGAUUCGAUUUUGUUGGUGAGUUAUUUUGAUACUAUGGUUUCCUAGCCUACCAACGACAACCUUUCAUGUUGUCAACAUUCAUUGACAUUUUACAAGUGUCAAUACCGUUUUGUUGUAUGUUAACCCGGCGACUUGUAAUCGGGACGUUUAGUGUAUCAUCUUGUUUUGUAAAUUUGCCAGCAUGAUUUUUCAAAUCGAAUUUAAAGCCCAGAAGCUUCCUUCAUUCAGAACAUUUUAUGUUUUCUUUGAUACAAGCCAACAUAAAUUUUUAUAUAGCAGAAUGUUUGGCUUCAAUCAUUAUAUAGAAUAAAAUGUAGAUUAUCGUUGUUUUCAUAAAACUGUAUGAAUUUAUUGCUGAAAUCAGCUAAUCAUUUUAUUUUAACUGUGGGUUAUCUCCCUGUGAUCAUUUUGUUUUGUACCACUGUUUCAGAAAGGGACAUCACUCUUUCUAGUUUAACUUGUCGUUGAAGACACGUUAAUUGAUGUAGUGCUAAAUAUAGAUGUAUUAAUUGCCCAAUAUAUGAUAUGUUAUUUGGUUUUGUAUGAUAUUUUAUUUGUUUUUGUCUUGGACAAACAAAAAUGCGUGUAUGAUAACAUAAACUCAACUAUUAUGAUUUUAGGCAGUGCAUUUUAUGUUAAUAUUAUAAACUUGGUUAGCAAUAUGUAUCACUUAAAAAUAAAUAAUUAUCAAUGCAACUGAACAGUACUGAUAUUAUACAUAAGCUAAUGAAUAAACAAUUAACUGCUUGGGUAUCCCCCUUUAUUCUUAAUUUGCUGUAAUAGAAAAUUCUAUACCCCCCCCCCCCUCUCCCCCUCGAAAAUGGAUUAAGUAUUUAGUCAUCGAAAUAAAAUGAAUGUAAAUGAUGUAAAUUUGAAUUCUAUAAUUAUCUAAAUGUAAUAUUUUUGAUUAACAAUAAUUUGAUAAUAUAUCUCUAUCUACAUAAUAUAUAAUUAUGAUUAGCAAUAGAUUUUAUUAUAAUGACUGUAAAUUCAAACCUAAAUAUGUUCAUAUGUUGGUAAUAAAGA